GUGAUACAGAAUUUGUUCACUAUCAGAUUUUUGCUUCCGCUGUUGAAAACUGUAAAUAGUCAAGUAAUUACUAAAUAAUUACCAAAACAGAUAUUUCAAAAUGAUACGCUUUAUACUCAUACAAAACCGAGCUGGCAAAACUCGCCUGGCCAAGUGGUAUAUGAAUUUUGAUGAUGACGAGAAGCAAAAACUAAUUGAGGAAGUGCAUGCGGUAGUCACAGUACGCGAUGCGAAACACACAAACUUUGUAGAGUUUCGUAAUUUCAAGAUCGUGUACAGACGAUAUGCUGGCCUUUACUUCUGCAUUUGUGUGGACGUCAAUGACAAUAACUUGUGCUAUCUGGAGGCAAUUCACAACUUUGUCGAAGUGCUGAACGAGUAUUUCCACAACGUAUGCGAGCUGGACCUGGUAUUUAACUUUUACAAAGUCUAUAGCGUUGUGGACGAAAUGUUCUUAGCUGGCGAAAUACGUGAGACAUCGCAAACGAAAGUGCUCAAGCAGCUGCUGACGCUGAACUCAUUGGAGUAGAGCCCCAUUUGCGUGAACGAUGCAUUCCCAUUGCCCCUUGUGGUUAGUUAUACAUAUACAAAUACCCGCUUAUCGAAUCCUUUCAUAUACAUACAUACAUACAUAUGUAUUAUUAUUACAUAUUACUAUUAUCUGAAUUUAUGUGUUCUGAUGCAAGAAAAACUCUCAAAUGUUAAA